AAAAUCCAGAAAAAAUGUGUGAGGAUAAUUUGGUCAUUUAAUCUCUAGCUUCCAUAUACGCCGUUUCUUUCUCUCCACUCCAGGCAGACACGAACACAUCUUUUCAGCCCCUGUUUCUUUCUUCUCUGUUUCACUAAAACCCUUUUUUUUCCUUCAAAUUCUCAUUUAUUUUCUUCUUCAAUAAAUUGUACAAUUUAUUUUUUUGGGUGAAUUCCAUCAAAACUUGAGCUAUGUUGGCGGGUAGAAUUGGAGCUCGUUCAACCCGGAUUCUCUUUUCGCAGUGCCGCAGCUCGGUGCCGCUAUUGAUUCGCCAGAAGCAACCUUCUUCUGCGGGUUCCCCCGCUUUUUUCUAUCAGUAUCAUUCUCUAGUUGAAAAGGUUGUUCCUGGACAAGUUUCUUUGCUACACCAUUCAUUUCUUGGUGGAUCUCCAUUUCAACGGUUUGGAAUAUCAUCUUCUGCAUCCCCACAAGAGAAUGAGAAAGAUGCUGCUCAAUCCAGCGCAGAACAUGAUGAUUCUGCGAAAACAAGUGCAGAAACAGAAUCAUCAGCUUCCAAAGAUGAUAAAGAUUUAUCAGGUUCGAAUGUAGAACCUAAUUCUGACCCGUCUGGCUCUGUCAAAAGAAGGAGAAGAAGUACUAAAUGGUUUUCCUUAUCUAAUGCUGAUUCAGAUUCAGAAGUUGAACUUUCCGAGGUUGAACUUGUAAAAGUUUUGGCGGAGAAGGAGGAACAAUUGAAUCUCAAGGUUAAAGAGAUACAGGAAAUGAAGGAAAAAGCUCUUCGAACUUAUGCUGAAAUGCAAAAUUCGAUGGAUAGGACAAAACGUGAUGCUGAAAACAUGAAAAAGUUUGCUAUUCAGGAUUUUGUAAAAAACCUACUGGACGUUGCUGAUAAUCUUGGCCGGGCUUCUUCAGCAGUGAAAGGCAAUUUUUUAAAGAUUGAUGAAUCCAAAGACACUGUUGGAGCUGUGCCACUCCUGAGAACUCUUCUGCAAGGUGUUGAGAUGACUGACAAACAACUGUCUGAGGUUUUCAGGAAGUAUGGAGUGCAAAAAUACGACCCGUUAGAUGAAGAAUUUGAUCCAAACAAGCACAAUGCUGUUUUCGAAGUCCCAGAUUCAUCAAAGCCGCCUGGCACUAUUGCUGCAGUAUUGAAGGCGGGAUACACGUUACAUGACCGAGUUCUCCGUCCAGCAGAAGUUGGCGUGAGGCGGGCAGUUGAAACUGAGGCAGAUCAAGGUUCCAAAAACUGAGUAAAUGGAUAGGUUGUCAAACAUUUCAUUUGCCGGUAACAACAUAUAGUGACUUGAUGAGUUAGUUCCACCAGGGUCUGCGAAAAGUUAGUCUUUGUUACAUGAAUUUUGAUUAGAGGGUGUUUAUUCUUGUAUUUUCCUUUCUCCCAGCCAUUCUGCCUCUAACCAGCAUUUUUAGUGUUGUUUGAAUAAAACGCCUUGAUCAUGAAUAUAAUGGACUAAAAGGGGGACUGUCCAAUCUAGUAUACCAAGCACGUUGAACUUGUUGAGUGUGCAUCUUUUCACAACUGGAGUAUUAGAUUUUUCAAAUAAGGUACCAAAUUUCUCAUGUUAGCUACGCACCGUCAUUCAUUUCCGUUUGAAUUUAUGUGUACUGGAAGCAAUAGUAAUCAGAAGAGUAACCUAUCUUAG